AUGAAUUUAAUUACGCUCCUCUCCCCUAACUACCCCUUCGUCCACCAAGCCACCUCGGCCCCACCCGUCUCCUACUACGACUACAUCGUGGUAGGAGGCGGCACGGCUGGGUGCCCCCUCGCCGCCACCCUCUCCCACCGCAACACCACCGUCCUCCUCCUCGAGCGUGGCGGAUCCCCCUACGGCAACCCCAACAUUACCAACCUCUCGGCCUUCGGUCAGGCCCUCUCCGACCUCUCCCCCUCGUCCCCCUCCCAACGCUUCAUCUCCGAGGACGGCGUCAUCAACUCGCGCGCGCGGGUCCUCGGUGGCGCCAGCUGCCUCAACGCGGGCUUCUACACACGGGCGGCGACAAAGUACGUGCGCGCGGUCGGGUGGGAUGGCCGGCUCGUAAACGAGUCGUACAGGUGGGUGGAGCGUGUCGUGGCGUUCAAGCCGCCAAUGCGGCAGUGGCAGUCGGCGGUGAGGGGCGGACUGCUCGAGGCCGGUGUCGGCCCGUACAACGGCUUCACGUACGACCACAUCGUCGGGACGAAGGUAGGCGGGACCAUAUUCGACGGCGACGGGCACCGGCACACUGCGGCGGACCUCCUGCGGUACGCUGACCCGCGAGGGCUCACGGUGAUGCUGCACGCUACGGUUCACAGAAUACUGUUCAGAACCAAAGGAAAAAGCAGGCCACUAGCUCAUGGGGUGGUGUUCAGAGACGCAUUAGGGAAUAAGCACAGAGCAUAUUUAAGGCCUGGGUCCAAGAAUGAGAUCAUAGUAUCAUCUGGGGCCAUUGGGAGCCCACAACUGUUAAUGCUGAGUGGAAUAGGCCCAAAAGAGCACCUCAAGGCCCAUAACAUAACAGUUGUUCUGGACCAGCCUAUGGUGGGCCAGGGCAUGUCGGACAACCCGAUGAAUGCGAUAUUCGUCCCGUCGCCGAUACCGGUGGAGGUUUCGUUGAUUGAGGUGGUCGGAAUCACCCGUGUUGGGAGCUAUAUCGAGGCCGCUAGCGGCGAGAACUUUGCUGGUGUCCCUACUCAAAGAGACUUUGGGAUGUUCUCUCCUAAGAUAGGCCAACUCUCAACUCUUCCCCCCAAACAAAGAACCCCAGAGGCCCUAGACAAGGCCAUCAAGGACAUGGAGGCCCUCGAGCCCGCCGCCUUCCGUGGCGGCUUCAUCCUCGAGAAGAUAAUGGGGCCCAUAUCCACGGGCCACAUGGAGCUCCGUACCCGCAACCCGAACGACAACCCGUCUGUCACCUUCAACUACUUCAACGACACGCGAGACCUCCAACGGUGUGUGGAUGGACUCAAGCUAAUCGAGUCCGUUAUCGAGUCCAAGUCCUUCGCGCCUUUCCGCUACGACUACCUUUCGCUACCUCUCCUUCUCAACAUGACGGCAAGCGCGCCAGUGAACUUGUUGCCGCGCCACGCGAACGCGUCCGUUUCGCUCGAGCAGUUCUGCCGGGACACGGUGAUGACGAUAUGGCACUACCACGGGGGGUGCCACGUGGGCAGGGUGGUCGACCCCGAGUACAGGGUGCUCGGGGUCGAUGCCCUAAGGGUCGUGGACGGGUCCACGUUUAAUUAUUCUCCGGGGACUAAUCCUCAGGCGACCGUCAUGAUGCUCGGGAGGUACAUGGGGGUGAGAAUUCUCAAGGAGAGGCUUGGAAGCUAG